AUGACACUGCACAUGCUGUCUCUGGGAAAGCGCUUCAUUUACAAAGCAGAUUUGACAGCUCUUCGGCAGAACCUUCCCGCCCGGCCCCGGCACGACCCGGUGAGCCUCGUGACGAACGCGAGGCAGGCGGCUAACGACACCCCGAUUCAUUACCCAAAAGGAAGGGAGAGCAGAAAUGAAGGGGAGGAGGCUGCCCUGGGCCGGCGGGUGGCCGCCGGGGUGCGGCGCACGACAGACCAGGCCCCCACGCUGGUCCCACACUGCCCGGCCUCUCACGGUGGCCUCCGCCCAGGCCUCGAGCACCGGUGUUCAUGUCAUAUACAGCCUUACAGCGACGCCUGUUCCAUGGGAAGCGGGACCAGCCGGCUCUAUGGCGCGCUCACCAAGACCCUGCACAGCAGCGCCGCCACCCAGCACCCCGAGUACCUGGCGGCCCCCGACCCGGAGCACCAGGAGCCCAUUGACCCCAAAGAGCUGCUGGAGGAGUGCAGGGCAGUCCUGCACAGCCGGCCCCCGCGGUUCCAGCGGGACUUUGUGGAUCUGAGCACAGACUGCCUGAGUAGCCACCCGCCCAUUAGGGUCAUGCAGUGGAACAUCCUCGCCCAAGGUACGGGAGAACGACUUCGAAGCCUGAGCUCAGACUGCAAGCCAGUGCAGAAAAGGACGCUGAGGAGACAAAGGGGCUACUCGGCACUGGAGGGAGACCGAGGAGGAGUGCGCACUGGCCACUGGGUGAGGGUGUGGGCGAGCUGCGGAGCGCACCCACGGAGCCAUGGCCACCAGCCGGUGGAGGCCAACAGCCACACCGCUGCGGACCUGUCAGCAGACACCGACCAGACACUGUCCAACCGCGUUUCCAGAGCUAGACCUCGAGCACUUACUCCCAGACAAGGCGAGCGGUAG